CAGACACACGUUCUAUAUAGUUUGCUAUAUGCUAGCGUUGAGUUAUUGCAAUGCUGCGCGCUAUACAAAAAUGAAUCAGAAUCAGAAUCGAGGAGCUGCAGCAAACUAUGCACAGCAGCCACAGCUGCAAGCAGCGAACUCAGCAGAGCUGCAAAAGGUGCGCAGCAGCAUUAGCAGGGAUAUGCUCAAAUAUAUGAAUCUAAGCGCAGAUCCUUGCGAGGAUUUUUAUGAAUAUGCCUGCGGCAAUUGGGCGCAGCAUCACCUGAGGCAGCUGCGUGGCGCUUACGGCAGCGCACAAACGCUGAUGGAGGAGCGCAUAACGGAACAGCUGCAAAAGAUGCUAACAACGCCGCUGACAGCGCUGCAGACACGUGAGCAGAGCAACGACUAUGCGCUGAAUGUGCGCAAAGUGCGCAGCUUCUAUGAAUCCUGCGUUCAAAUCGAAGCAAAUGCUGCAGAACGUGCCGCAUAUCUGCGGCAAGUGUUGCGCAAACAUGGCGGACUGCGUAUUGUAGAGAAUUCCAAUUGGCAAACCGACAAUCAUUGGCUGCAAAUGUUGGCAGCGCUGCGACGCAACUAUGGACUCGAUAUACUCGUCGGUUUCGAUGUGCAGCUGAACUUGCAGCAGCUGCGUGGCAAUAGCAUUUACCUGGGCGAACCCAAGCUAACAAUUAUACCCAAGGAGCAGUGCAAUGCGCAGGCAGCAACACGUGAUGCGAAUGUGCGCAAUGGUGAGUUCUAUACGCAGCAGCAGCAGCAGGUGGCGGAUAAUAUGAUGGCUUGGUUCGAUAUUGAGAGCGGCGAGGCAGCGCGUUUCGCUGGCGAUAUAAUACGCUUUGAGUUUGAGCUGUGCAAGCGCAUGGGCGUCGAGGAGGAGCAGCAGCAGGAUGAGCAGCAGACUACGUCGCGUGGCAGUCGCAUGGGGCAGCAACGCUUGCGUCAGCAGCAACCAACGCUGUAUCCACGUGUUACGCUUGUUGAGUUGACAGCCAAAAUGAAUCGCACGCUUGACUUUAAGUUGUACGUUGAAAGCAUUUUGGAGUAUCAGCAUCUGGAGUAUGUCUAUCUAACUUCCACACGCUAUUUGCUGGAGCUAGCGCGUCUAGUGCGCGCCAACAAUCGUUAUACGUUGUCAGGUUACAUUUUGUAUUUGGCGCUGCGUGAGCUGGAUCAGCCGCCACUGGCAGCGCCGCUUUAUCGUCCACGCCAGUGCGUGCAACAGCUGCAGCGACUGCUGCCACAAGUGCUGGGCGACAUGUAUCAGCGGCAGAUGCAGCGCGACGCUUCACAAGAUGACAUGGAUCAAAUAUUUAUAGACGUAGUCAAGGCAUUCGAUCAGCAGCUGAAAGCGCCUUGGCUCAGCGACAUGGAUCAACGUGCAGCGCGACAAAAACUCGCGCAGUAUCAUACGCAAUUUCCGGACUAUCAAAGCGUUGAUUUGUCCAACUUAAAAUUUCAGAAUCAAGACGACUAUUGGCAUAAGCUGGACACUGUGCUGGCGUUCAAUGCGCGUCAGCAGCUGGAGCAGCUGCGUGGCAAUAGCAUUGCUGCCACAGACGCUGCUGCUGACACAUUGGCUGCCUUUGAAGUUCGCGCUGCGUUGGGCUCACAGCAUGCGCUGCUCGUUGGCUGGGGCUUGUUGCAAGCUCCUUUCUACAACUAUUACUAUCCCAAAGCUUUGAAAUAUGCGCUGCUCGCUCAACGCUUGGCUGCCGCUUUGAUUUUAGCCUUUGACAACGAGGGCUGGAAUCGCAAUCCGCAAACUACGUCGCCCUGGAGUGAGUUUACGCUCGCAGGCUGGCGCAAUGCCAGCGAAUGUCAGCGCGCCGCAUAUAGCAACUAUCUGAGCAAUAAUCCUGAUGAUUUCAACAAUGCUACACGUCUGCGUGAGGUCAUAGCUGAGAGCAGCGCUUUAACUGUCGCCUUCAAUGCCUAUUUGGCUUGGCUUGAGCUCACCGAUCACAAGACCAUGCAGCAGCUCGUUAAGGAAACGCUGCCAGAGCUUAACUUUACCAAUACGCAGCUUUUCUUCAUAUACUUUGCUCAAACACGCUGCUGGGCACAGCCAGAGGCGGCGGAGCAGCAGCAGCUGCCGGAGCUGGCGUCGGCUAUGCCGCUGCUUAAACACACGCCCGAGCGCUGGAAUGUUAAUGGACCGCUGAGCAAUACGCCAGAGCUGGGACGUGAAUUCAAUUGUGCCUUGGGCAGCGCCAUGAACAGUGGCGACAAAUGUGUAGUUUACUAAAUAUAAAAUUAAUUAGCUAAGCAGCAGUUUUUUAUUAUUUAACGCAGCAGUCAAACAACUUUUAAGUUAUUUUCAUGGGAAAGUCGAAAUGUGAGCGUCGUAACUGAAUUUUUUAGCUGCAAUAUUAUUGUUUUAUUUACGUAUAUUAAAUUCAAGAAAAGUAA